CAAUCAAGUUUAUCUCUACUCUACUAGUCUACUACAUUACAUUAUCUUUCUUUAAUCUUUACUUCUCUUGUCUCUACUCUAUCUAUCUGCGUGGAAGUGAAACCAAGGAUUCUUCUAGUGUGAUAAAAUUUUAAGUUUUGUUUUGAAAUAGGGCCUAGGUACAUUUACAUUGAUCGUGAUUGCAUCACUUGAAGUAGUAGUAGGCCUAAGUUGCUGAUAAUAUUUUUUUAUUACUAUGGAAUUGAGUGUUAUGUGACUUUCCAUACAAAAAAUGAGUGUGGAGGAGCAUAUUGCAAGUAUAGAUAAUGAAAGACCUAUUAUAAAUGAAGUAUUUGAUGUAGAUGAUAGUAAUUAUCAUUUAUUUUUAGAACAGCAUGAAUUCCAACUUAAAUCGAACAAUAUCCCUGAACACUUUUGGAAAGCACUAUGUCUGAAACUUGAGAAUCAGGUUUUUGAUGCUGGCAAUGCAUUCUCUAUGUUGUAUGUUGAGCCUGAGGAUGAAACUGAUGAAGCUACAUUAAAGGUAGUUGUAUCAAUUGAUUCAAUUGACCCUAGUGAUGGAAACAACAUUUUUCUAAUCGAUCAUGCCUGGACCUACAGAGCAAGUGAAGCUGUUACUCAUCUUCAAACUAUACCUGGUUUAUUGGAACGGAUGGCCAAGCUGAUGAAUGUUCCCAUUGAAUCUGAAAAUACUAUGGAUUGUGUAUUUGACCGGAUGUGGAAGUUUAACUUGACUUACUCCUUGCCUUCUUUGAACAGUGUUGAAGAUAAGUUACCCAUAUGGUACAUAAUGGACGAAUUUGGCUCUUCCAUUAAGCAUUCAAGUAACCCCAACUUUAGAAUUGUGCCAUUCCUGCAUAUUCCUGAAGGAAUAGCAUACUCAUUGUUGUUUCCAAACGAGAUUGUUACUAAGGGGGAUGAAGUAACAAGAGAUUAUGUUGAAGGUAUCACUGAUGAAGCUUAUAAAAGAGCGCAUCUGUUACCGUGGAUACAUCACUCUUUCAGGGAUGUAUCUUUUUACCAAACUGAGCCACAAGAAGAGUACUUCAUUUCAGGCCGAACAAAUGAGACACUUCCAAAUUUAAAUGCUCUUGUUACGAAAAACACAAACGGAGAAGCUACCAAUUUACGGCCACUUAAGGUUUUCUCUCAGUACAUUUACGUCAACGAAUACUUAACAAGCCCUAAAUUCAUAGUAGUUGCAGAAGAAGAAGAUGCUGAUAUUUUGUGGUUAACUUCCCAUUUUAAGAAAUACAAAGAACUCAGUGAAAACUGCCCAUUCAAAUUUAUCAAUCAGUUUCCUUUUGAAUGUGUUAUAACUAUUAAAGAUUUAUUAGCAGUUAUUUGUAGACGAACAUCAACUAAUGAUACACAGGAUAUUGUCACAACAUUAGGUUCUCGUUCUGUGGAAGAUGCUCAACCUGCUUGGUUGCCUGUAACGUAUAACCUCUCCACCGAGUUACAACAAUUUAUUAGCUGUUUUCAACACAGAGAAGAUAAUAGGUUUGAUAAUCAUUGGAUUUGUAAGCCUUGGAACCUAGCUAGGGGUAUGGAUACUCUCAUAACAGACAAUUUGGACUGUAUCAUUCGAAUUUCCAGAAGUGGGCCAAAAAUUGCCCAAAAAUAUAUUGAAAACCCAGUCUUGUUUUACCGUGAUGGAAUUGGACAUGUGAAAUUUGAUGUUCGAUAUGUUAUUUUGCUAAAGUCUGUCCAUCCUUUGGAACUGUAUGUGUACAAAAACUUCUUCUUGCGUUUUUCAAACAAACCUUUUGAGAUGAAUGAUUUUCAUGACUAUGAAAAGCAUUUUACUGUUAUGAAUUAUAAUGAAAAUGCAACACUACAUCGUCUGCUUUGUUCAGACUUUAUCAGAGAGUUUAAUAUACAAUAUCCUGAUAAUCAGUGGUCACAGGUUGAACCAACAAUCUUUUCAAUGAUGAAGGAUAUCUUUGAAGCGGCCUCAAACAAGAAUCCACCUUGUGGAAUAGGAAAAAGUCCCCAGUCUCGUGCAUUGUAUGCUGCAGAUUUGAUGCUUGCUACAAAUGGAGAUCAACAGUUUCAACCAAAGAUCUUAGAAAUCAACUGGACACCUGAUUGUCAAAGAGCGUGUGAAUACUACCCUGAUUUUUACAAUGAUAUAUUUGAGCUCCUGUUUUUAGACGAAGAAAAAGAUGUUUUUCACAAAGUUGUUUAAAGUUUAAGCUACUUAGCUAUAGCCUAUGGCCUAUUUGUUGAACAUAGAUAAUGGGAAGUCGAGGAGUAAAAGUGUCUUAUUCACUGA